UUUUUCAAAAAAAAGUUUGAAAAUUUGAAAUAAAUAAAUCCAACAAAACACCGAGAAUAGCCCUGAAGCUGAGCCCCCAAUCUAAUUUAGUGCCUCCACUCCAAAUCCCCCUUCCAACUUGAAACCUCAAUACUAAGCAUUCACAGAAAAUGGCGUCGGCGUUGAGAUCCGCCAUUCUCCGCCACAUUCGGGUCCCCGUACCCCUAAACGGAUCCCGUCUCGCGCCCCUUCGCUUAAUGUCGUCCCACGGCGACGAUCACCUCGACAAGCAGGCAGUUAUCGACCGAGUUCUCGACGUCGUCAAGUGCUUCCCCAAAGUCGAUCCAUCCAAGGUGACUCCUGAUGUUCAUUUUCAAAAGGAUUUGGGCCUGGAUAGCUUAGACAAUGUGGAGAUUGUGAUGGCUCUCGAGGAAGAGUUUAAGUUGGAAAUUCCUGACAAGGAAGCUGAUAAAAUUGACUCGUGCCAGCUUGCAAUAGAAUAUAUUCACAACCAUCCUAUGGCUAGCUAAGAUAUGCGAGGUUUCUAUAUCUUAAAAGCAUGUAUCCAUCCGUCUUUGCGCGGGAAAUAAUUUAGUUGUGCUUGAGAUAAGCUAUCCCUCAGCCGGGGUUGAAUGUUGGCACCUAGUCUCUGCUUGUAUUGUUUUUCUUAAGCUGAUGUUGCUCUGUUUUUCACUGAACUGUUGAGUACUAAACCUAGUAAAUAACCAAGAAAACAUUGUCAA